AUGACGCGCACUACUACCCUUGAGGAGGUCAAAUUUGAGAUCCCCACGUGGGACAACAAUAAUCAUAUUGAAGUCGCCGAUGGCAGUGGUCGAUCGGAGUCCAAUGCAAGCGGUGACACAAUUCGUCCAAAGGGUCGCAUUCGACGAUCCAUGACGGCUUGCAAUACUUGCCGCAAGCUCAAAACCAGAUGUGAUUUGGAUCCUCGGGGUCAUGCUUGCCGUCGUUGUCUCUCGCUCAGGAUAGAAUGCAAGCUACCCGAUACAGCCGAACGCUUCCAAGACAACGCCUCCAUGUGGUCUGAUGCCACAGCAGCUAUUCCGUCCAUCGAGGAGCGUCUGAAUUCCCUCGAACGCAGCAUGACAGAAAUGACCAGCAUGAUGCGGCAAAUGGUGGAUCGAUCGCCCAGUAUUUCUGGCAGCUCUGUCUCAUUAUUAACAAGGAGCGGGCUCACUGAAGAGACUGCUUCGGUCGAAGGAAGCCAGCCUUCCUUCAUCGCUCCACGACCAAUCCGUCUGAUCCAGGAACUCCAGUCCGAUUUCCUUGGAGAGCCUAAUGUCCUCCCUGCUGAGUCGAGGUCACUGAGUGAAUCUUUCAGCAAUGGUGUUUUAGAUCCGAAGUUGUCUUUGAAACUGAUUCAGCUAUUCGUUGAGCAUUUCGGUUCUUGGGUCUCCAUCGAUAGCCCGUCAGACAUUCAUAACGAUUUACGACCGACAGAUCCGCUACUGUACCGUACGGCCUGUCUGUUAGCCUCCCGCUACGUUCCUGGGAUACCUUCGUCGGUAAUACAGGCUGAAUACCUUCAAAUCCGGCAUGCAGCAGUCAAUAUUCUCUGGAAUUCCCAACCCAUGAAAUACGAGACAUUGCAAGCACUUACUCUUCUCUCUCUAUGGCCAACAACCAUUCAAAAGGAGGCACCCAUGGACAGCUGGUUGUUGAGCGGGAUCUCAAUCAACCAUGCCAUCAUCUCCUUUGACUUCCUCAACCACGCUCCUGCUGAGCUGAUUGUUGAUAAUGAUAUGGUCGCCAAGCUACGACUAUGGAACGCUUUAUGUUUGACGCAGUUGCAAUUUGCCAUUGGAAACGCCCGCCCCUUCCAUAUACAGCAGAGGUACCUUGAGCACUGCCCGCGACUUCUUGAACACCCCGCCGCGACGUUUGACGAUGGGAAAAUGGUCGCAGAAAUUCAAUUAUACUUGGUUACAUCAAAGCUGCAAAACGACCCCCAUCGCAUGCGGUCGGCAGAAAUCGAAUACGAGGAGAUCGAACGGUGGAAGAUGGAGUGGGCACAUCUACUCACCGGCGAACAACACUCUACUCUUGAGCUGAAUCUCUGGUACUGCCAACUGCUGCUCUAUCGAACUGCGAUGAAAUGUCAAUGGGAGUCGGAACCUCUUGUUUCAGAAGUACUCCGGAAUGCACGCCUCAUCAUUUCCAAAUUUCUGCUCGUUCGGUUCUCUACCGCUCUGGGCUUCGUUGACCAGACGUACUACAUCGUGGGCUACGCAGCCCUGAACCUCUGCGAUUUCAACCCCAUGGAUCCGCUCAUUGAUCAGGUCCAAACAUUUCUGCUCCAUCUUUCACCGAACGAAGAUCAUAUCGCAUAUCGGUUCUCAUAUACUAUCUCGGAACUCAAGCGGCGGUGCACUGCGUGCCCCAACCCCAAUAGCGCAGUGAAGGGCGCCUUUGGGGAUGCGCGGAAACUGAAUCUGGGCCAGUUACACUUCAUGCCUCAGGUUCUGGACACCAUGAUGGGCGACUAUAGCGCCCUGGAGCAGCUCAUGCCCGAGGUGUCCCCUCACUCCUUGCCCGACAUGCUCAACAAUGUGACAGGCGAAUUACAAGCGGGCUAUCGGACAGCGAUACUUUGA